CCAACCACAGUCACUCGUUAACCACCCACGCGAUCCUUAUCCAACUUCAUCAACUUCCACCAACCAACCCCCCCCAAAACAACCAUCAAGAUGCGUUUCACUGCCGCUGCUGUCAUUGGCUUCUCCGCCGUCGCCGUCCAGGGUGCCUACGCUCCUCCCGCCCCGGUCGAGUACCCGACCACCACUGAGGCCGCCCCGGUCCCGGUCUACACCACCUCCUCCGCCGCUGAGCACCCCAAGCCCACCGCCGACAAGUACACCACCGAGGUCGUGACCGCCUACACCACCUACUGCCCGGAGGCCACCCAGAUCACCCACGGCGGCGUCACCUACUCCGUCACCUCGGCCACCACCUUGACCAUCCCCGCCGCCACCGUCACCAAGGCCGUCUACACCCCGGCCUCCGCCUACCACCCGUCCAACGGCACCAAGACCACCGGCACCGCCUCCGGCCCGACCAGCUACACCUCGCCCUCGCCUCAGGCCGCCAAGGGUGACGCCGCCAAGCUGUCCUUCGGCUUCGCCGGCCUCAUUGCCGCCUUCGGCCUCGUCGCCGCCCUCUAAGCGUCUCGCCGCUGCUGAUGACGACGAUGCUGGGGGAGGAGGACAUGUCAAGUCCCGCCGCCGCCA